AUGGCGGGUUCACAAGCCCCCUUCGAGAUUCUGUCGGAAGACAAUCGGGGGCCGCUGGUCACUCUCGUGUCAGCGGCCUUUCUAAUCACGGCGAUCAUCUUUGUGGCCGCCAAAAUAGCGUCCGUGGUAUAUUUCAAACAUCGCCGAACAUCGGUCAGCAUACCCAUCUGGGUGGCUCUGGUUGUGGUUAUGCAAAAGGCUGUCGAUAACGGACUAGGCCGGCAUUUGAAUGCCCUCACGGACACAGCGAUUCGGAUAUCAAGCGAGUACACCUAUACCGCACAACUUAUCGAGGUCGUCGUACUCUCGCUUUCCAAAAUAUCGACCGCUCUUCUGGUGUGGAAACUGACCCCCCAUCACGGCAUCCGUCGCGCGUGCACCAUCACCAUCAGCCUGACAGCAGCCUGGGCCGUUUUCGCUCUGUUUGGAGUUGCCUUCCAAUGCGAAAUCCCCGAGCCGUGGAUUUACAGCCCGUCUCGUUGUACUGGCCAAGGCGCUAUCCUGUAUCCGAUCAUCGUCACCCACAUCCUCAUCGAGAUACUUAUUAUUGCAAUCCCGUUCUUCAUGCUGCAUGAGGUACAAUUAAAAUGGACGGCCAAAGUAAAGAUUCUCUGCUCGUUUUCGGCACGGGGCCUCGUGGUUAUCAUGGGAGCUUGCCAACUAGCCCUCCUCCCAUCUGUCUUACACUCAACGGAUCCUUCAUCCAUGGUCUGCACCUCGGUCAUAACCGCCUGCAUGCCAACCCUGUAUCACAUAUUCGCGGGCCUGCACUCCGGGCUAAUCACGACCCAGCUGCCGGAGGAGCUCGAGCUUAAGCACGCGAACGGGAGUGCCUAUCGAAGCCAGCUCACGAAUAGCGGUCGCAGGGGCGGAGCGAGAUACUUGUAUGCGACUGGAUCAGGGAUCUUCGGCUCUGGCACCAACGGCACCAAGGGCGAGGUGGUUCGGAAAACGAGCGUCAGUGAAAGUACGGAGAGCACGCGGCAGUUGACUCGGGAGUUAAACCGCGAUGGGGUCUUGAAAACGGUUGAUAUUACAGUCCAGGUGGAGGAUAUGUACUCUUCUGGUCGAUAG